GGGGUUGUCUGUUGGGAAAGCCCUCUCCCUCCUUUGCCACUGUCUAGAUCACAAUCCCAGAGAGUAACUGCACUUGGUGUAAACUGUGACCUUUGUACUGUAGUUUCCUCUGUAUCUCACACCAGCAACCAGGAGUAUCUCCUUUGUCAUCCCUAUGGGCUUAUAUGGUGGAAUGUGCAGUUUGUGGCUUUUAUGAUUUAUUCUGAAGCAAAAUCCAGAGAGUCUCAAAUGGCAGUUCGAGUGCUUGUGAUUGGCAGUGGGGGCAGAGAACACGCUCUGGCUUGGAAAUUGGCACAGUCUCCUCAGGUGAAGCAGGUUCUGGUCGCUCCAGGAAAUGCCGGAACAGCAAAUGAUGGGAAAAUCUCUAAUUCAGUUAUUUCAAUCAGUGAUCAUGCCGCUCUCUCCAAGUACUGUAAAGACCAGGAGAUUGGACUUGUAGUGGUUGGCCCAGAGGUUCCUCUUGCUGCAGGAAUUGUUGAUGACCUCACUGCAGCUGGUGUGAGAUGUUUUGGUCCUACCAAAAAGGCAGCUCAGCUAGAGUCCAGUAAGAGCUUUUCCAAAGCCUUUUUUGACCGUCAUGGCAUCCCAACAGCAAAAUGGAAAGCUUUCACUAAUGCGGAAGAAGCAUGUGCUUUUAUUAACAGUGCAACUUUCCCAGCCCUAGUGGUCAAGGCAAGUGGCCUAGCUGCUGGAAAAGGUGUGAUUGUGGCUGCCAACAAAGGAGAGGCAUGCAAUGCUGUGCAUGAAAUAAUGCAAGAUAAAACUUUCGGAGCAGCUGGAGAAACAGUUGUUGUUGAGGAACUUCUUGAAGGAGAAGAGGUUUCUUGUUUGUGCUUCACGGAUGGUGUCACAGUUGCCCCUAUGCCCCCAGCCCAGGAUCACAAACGUUUAAUGGACGGAGAUCAGGGACCAAACACUGGAGGCAUGGGUGCAUAUGCUCCAGCACCUCAGCUGUCCGAAGAUCUGCUUCUGAAAAUCAAGAAUUCUAUUCUCCAGAAAACAGUUGAUGGUAUGAGGAAAGAGGGUGUUCCUUAUGUGGGUGUUUUGUACGCUGGGCUGAUGCUCACCAAAGAUGGACCUAAAGUCUUAGAGUUCAACUGUAGAUUUGGUGACCCUGAAUGUCAGGUAAUUCUUCCAUUACUGAAAAGUGACCUUUAUGAGGUUAUGCAGGCAACCAUUGACAGAAGGUUAUCUUCCUGCAUGCCUGUUUGGAUUGAAGACUGUGUGGCAGUGACGGUGGUCAUGGCAAGUGAAGGCUAUCCUGGAAGUUAUCCUAAGGGUUUGGAGAUAACAGGAUUUCCUCAGGCAAAAGAACUUGGCUUGGUAGUGUUCCAUGCAGGCACAGCGGUGAAAGACGGAAAAGUGGUGACCAGUGGUGGCAGAGUCCUCACUGUCACAGCUAUCAAGAAGGACCUCAUUUCUGGACUAGAAGAAGCCAACAGAGGAGCCCAAGUCAUUCGAUUCAAAGGGGCCAUCUAUAGAAAAGAUAUUGGUUAUCGGGCUAUAGAAUUCCUUAAGCAAUCCAGAGGCCUGACUUACAAAGACAGUGGUGUUGAUAUUGCAGCUGGCAACACCUUGGUUCAGAAAAUUAAGCCUUUAGCAGCAGCCACAGCCAGGCCAGGUUGUAAUGCUGAGCUUGGAGGGUUUGCUGGCCUCUUUGACUUAAAAGAGGCUGGGUAUAAAGAUCCAGUUUUGGUCUCCGGAACUGAUGGCGUUGGAACAAAGCUCAAGAUUGCGCAACUGUGCAACAAGCAUGACACGAUUGGCCAAGAUCUGGUCGCCAUGUGUGUCAAUGACAUCCUAGCGCAAGGAGCUGAGCCCCUCUUCUUCCUUGACUACUUUGCCUGUGGCAAACUGGAUGUUGGGAUGGCUCAGGAGAUCAUAGCUGGGGUUGCAGAAGCUUGUAACUUGGCAGGAUGUGCUCUUCUUGGAGGAGAAACUGCAGAAAUGCCCGGCAUGUAUCCGCCGGGCGAGUAUGAUCUGGCUGGCUUUGCAGUGGGAGCUGUGGAACGCGGACAGAUGCUUCCCAUGCUGGACAGAGUAGCUGAUGGGGAUUUGGUUGUUGGAAUUGCUUCCUCUGGCAUUCACAGCAAUGGGUUUAGCCUCGUGAGAAAGAUUGUUGACAAAUCAUCUUUAGAUUUUUCCUCGCCUUCCGUGGGUGGCUCUAGCAACCAGACAUUAGGAGAGCAGCUGCUUACACCUACUAAAAUCUACAGCAAGUUCCUUUUGCCCAUCCUCCGUUCCGGUUCUGUGAAGGCUUAUGCCCAUAUCACUGGCGGGGGACUGCUGGAGAACAUCCCACGAGUCCUCCCAGCAUCGUUUGGUGUCAUUUUAGAUGCUUUCAGUUGGAAGAUACCCAAGAUCUUCUCCUGGCUUCAAAAAGAGGGAAAUCUUUCAGAAGAGGAAAUGGCUCGAACAUUUAAUUGUGGAAUUGGUGCGGUCUUGGUAGUGCAAAAGGAGCUGGCAGGGCAGGUUCUGAGAGACAUCCAGCGGCAUGAAGAGGCAUGGCUGAUUGGGAAAGUUGUCCGUUGUCAAACAGGGUCUGCCCGUGUUGAAGUUAAUAACUUGCUCCAGGCCUUACAAGCCAAUAGGGUGGAGUCCUUCCAUAGUCAACCAAGGAAAACUCAGCCAAGAAAAACAAGAGUAGGUGUCCUCAUCUCUGGAACAGGUACAAAUCUGGAAGCUCUUAUAAACAGCACAAGGAAAGUGACUAGCUGUGCACAAAUAGUGCUUGUUGUUUCUAAUAAAGCUGGUGUGGAAGGGCUAGAAAAGGCUGAAAGAGCCGGCAUUCCUACAAAAGUCAUUGACCACAAACAGUACAGCAGUCGUACAGAGUUUGACAGUGCAGUUGACAAAGUCCUUGAAGAGUUCUCAGUUGAGCUGAUUUGCCUUGCGGGAUUUAUGCGGAUUUUGUCUGGUCCUUUUGUCAGAAAGUGGAAUGGAAAAAUACUGAACAUUCAUCCUUCACUGCUGCCUUCAUUUAAAGGAGCAAAUGCCCAUAAAUUGGUGCUAGAGGCUGGCGUCCGAGUCACUGGCUGCACAGUGCACUUUGUUGCUGAAGAAGUCGACGCAGGAGCCAUCAUUUUCCAAGAGGCUGUUCCGGUGAAGAUUGGUGACACAGAGAAGACCUUGUCAGAAAGAGUGAAGGAGGCAGAGCACAGAGCCUUCCCUGCAGCUAUGGAGCUCCUGGCAAGCGGUGCAGUACAAUUAGGAGAAGAUGGAAAGUUGCAGUGGAAUUCAGAACAACAGAACGGAAUAUCCAUGGCUCAGUAUCGGCCAAUUCACUUAUCCAUAGAAGAAGUCGACGCAGGAGCCAUCAUUUUCCAAGAGGCUGUUCCAGUGAAGAUUGGUGACACAGAGAAGACCUUGUCAGAAAGAGUGAAGGAGGCAGAGCACAGAGCCUUCCCUGCAGCUAUGGAGCUCCUGGCAAGCGGUGCAGUACAAUUAGGAGAAGAUGGAAAGUUGCAGUGGAAUUCAGAACAACAGAACGGAAGUGUUGAGUGCAAGGAGCAAUAA